GGAAGCCUACAAAGGAAGGAAAACUUGUGUGCUGAAGAAGGACGAGCUUGAAGUUAGCGUUCCCAGCCCUCCUGCCGCCAACCUGAAUACCAUGCUAAGGCUGGUCUUAUAGGACACAAACUCUACUCUUUACUUAGGAGAAACCCUUAUUUGUCUUUCUGUGCAUGCAAUUAAUGUGCGAUAAAACCAUGGGGAAGUUAAAAAAAAAAAACCCUUAGCAAGAUGUCAAAAGGACAUCAUUUUACUUAGGGGUGAAAUUGGGUGUCAUUUUGCUUGUCUAGCAAAGCACUUGCUGAGCCCAUGGUAGUAGGUGAAACUUCAAAUUUCACCUCUGUGUCUUCUUUCAAAGUAGAAAUUUAAAUUAGCCCCACUUUCCCUUUAAAGUUCGACGUCAGACAUCCACUAUGGUUCCACAGCUACCUUUGAUGCAGUGAAGGAACACAAACAGCAUAAGGCACAAUGUUCCUUUCUCAACAAAAGCUCCAUCCAUCCAAUAAAGACUGCACACCCGAGCCAGGUUUGGAGCUGAGACUGGGAUUGCAUAGUUGAAAUCUGUUUUCUCUUUCAGUACAAAUGAAUAGUUUGAAUGUGGAGAAAGUGCACUAGUAGGUGCUUGAGCCAGCGAUAUACCUGUAGCCUUCAUGGAGGACAGGUCCAUGCUCUAAUGAAAAACGCAGCAUGCCUGUGUGGUGGUACAUGCCUGUGUGUGUGGUGGUACAUGCCUGUGUGUGUGGUGGUACAUGCCUGUGUGUGUGGUGGUACAUGCCUGUGUCUUGCACUAGGGGAGCUGAAGCAGGAGGGCUGUGAGUUUGAGGCCACCUUGGGCUGCAAAGCCAGGUCUAAACCAGCCUCCAUAUGUGGUGAACCCCUAUUUCUAAAACAAAUACGGUGUGUAUGUGUACUGGGAUGGACCCCAGAGCCUUGGUAGGUAAGCCGUUUACUAAUGAGUUAAAUCCCAACCCUGAGAUAGUUAUGAGGGAAUACUUAGCUACUGUGUGAUAAUAAACAGUCAUAAUUUUGAGACUUAUGAUCAUAGUACUAUACUAGGUGCCUUUUGCAAGAAAUGAAAGUAUGGCGCUGGAGAAAUGACUCAGUGGUUAAGAACACUGGCUGCUCUUCAGAGCACCCUGGUUAAUUUCCCAGCAUCCACAUCACAUGGGUGCUCACAGCUAUCUUUAACUCCAGUUCCAGGAGAUUCAGUGCCCUCUUCAGGCCUCUACAGACACCUGGCAGCAAGUGGUACCCAAACAGACACAAAAGCAAAACACUUAUGCUCAUAAAAUAAAAAUACAUAUUUUAUAAAGAAGAAAUGCAAGUGAGAUGGUCAUUAUUAUUUUUUGAAGGCAGGGUCUCAUAGCCUAGGCUGACCUAGAACUCACAGUACUCCUGCCUCAGCCUCAUAAAUGUGAUUACAUGCAUGAAACCUCCAUGCCAAGUUCUAGGGUGAUAAUUUGCAAUCUCAAAGUACGAGCAAAUAAGAAUGUCUAAGAAGGGCUUGAGAGAUGGCCUAGUGGCACCUACACGGCAGCUCACAACUGAGAAUCUGAUGCCCUCUUCUGGUUUCUGAGUGCACCACAUACAUGUGGUGCACAGAUACAUGCAGGCAAAACAUAUUAAAAAUAGAAAUAAAAAGCCUUUUUUAAAAGCAUGUCUAAAAUCAGUGAGGCAAAAUAUUAUAUAUUAGAGCCUCUCCAAUAUUAUAAAUAAUUACUUGUAGAUUUAUAUUAUAAUUCGUGCACUUCUAAAUUUCAACAUCAAAAUGUUGUUAUAUAUGACCAUAGAUACCAUAAUAGAGUAACUUUUACAGAUAUUUUUAGGUUUAUUUAUGUGUUUAAGUGUUUUGUCUGCAUGCAUGUAUGUAUAUCACAUUGCAUGCCCGGUGCCCAUGAAGGUCAGAAGCGGGUAUAUGGUUCCCUGUAACUGGAGUUACAGAUAGAUGGUUAUGAGCUGCCAUGUGGGUGCUGGGACUUGAACCUAGGUCCUUUGAAAGAGCAGCCAGUGCUCCUAAUCACUGGGCCGUCUCUCCAGCCCCUGAUAGUGAUUGCUUUUUUUAAAGUGAGUUGUAAAAAUGAAAACUCCUCAGAGGAAGGGAGAAUCCUUGUUAUGAAGUAUACAAGGAAAACUUCAUAGAGACCAAGGGCCUUACCUGCAAAGGGAGCUUACCUGCAAAGGGAGCUUACCUGUAAAGGACAGGUAGCUGACAUUUCCUGAAAAUUUACCAUGUACUCUCCUCACACUAAACCAUAUUUGUUCUUUAUGACCCUGAGAGGUGGAUCUUGUCUUACAUCUUCAUUUUAUAAAUAAGGAAACUGACACAGAAGUUAGUUGGCUUGCCCUGCGUCAUACACUGAGGAAAUAGAAUUGUGGUUCAGUUUUAUUCCUGUCCUUAAAGCCUUUGCUUUUGACCAUAGUUUGAGGGUCUGCAAGCUGUGUGCUAGACAGCUUCAGUGGCUUAAAUGCGACCUCACAGUAAACUCAAGUUUGAGCAGGAAUGACUCAUAAAAACUUGGUGGUCUUCACUUGUGGUGCCAUCAGCCUGGUAAACAAACACAGAGGGCCACAAAGCUCUGCCUGCAGGGUUUUAACAGGGAGUAGUCUCAAACGGAUUUAGGGAAGGAUGAUUGACAAUGUCAGUCAGUCAAGCAGAGGGCCAGAUGAUCAAACCAGAAUAGAAUUUCAGAACAAAACAAAGCAAAGAUGCUGUAUGUGCUGAUAGAGGCACAAAGGGCCUGGCUGGACAAAGUGCAGAAAGACAAUGAACUGACAAAGCGAGAGACUAGAAUUACCUCCGAAGACAAAAGAGGCUUUGAGACCGAUCAGUCUGGUUUGGGAGUCCUUAGGCCACCCCUGACCAAAGAGCCUGUUCCUCCACUCUUUCAGUCCCAAAUACAAGAUUCUGAGUGGUUCACGUUGAGUCCAAAGGAGAGAUUGGCUUGGGCAAAAGCAUCCAGAGACCCUAGGAUUGCAGAAGGUCAACAGUCUCCACUGGAGAAAAGGCUCCUGAGUCUUGGUGGUGUGCAUACGACAGCAGCAAGACACUUGGUAACUCAGAAAUGCCGGGAGGAGAGCAGAGAACUCUGCAGGGAGCAAGCUCACUCUCUUGACUACUGGCUUGCAAAAGCAGAGUCUUACUACAAUAAGAAAAUUGUGGAGAUGAUGAAAAGAGAGGACACCGGCGGAGACACAAAGGUGAAAGUGGAAGAGGAAACACCACCAACCACAGAGGGACAGAAGCUGCGGUAUUGGGUGCCCGAGAGAGAGAAGAAACAAAUAGAAAGGCACAUCCUUAGAACAGGCCAGGCCAGAGAAUUUAAGAAUAAAACCUGGAGACAGACACGACUCCUCAGUGAAAUAACACUACCCAAAAUUGUGCCAGAAAAGACUAUCAUCCCGAAAGCAGAGAGAAGGCGGCAGGUGACAGAGAGAGAACUGCUCCAAAUCAAAGGCCAUCAGGAACGCAUGAUUCGAGGGAGGGAACUUCUAGAGCAAAGACUCAAAGAAAGAAUCUUGAGAAAAAGCCAGAGCCAGAUUCCACCACCUGAGAGGCGUGGUCGAGUGAAGAAGGAGACCAAAGAGUUUGAAAAGGUUGUCGCCUACCCUCUUUUCCAGCCAUCCAGUACAAGUCGGAUUAAAGUGGAUAUUCUCAGGGAGAAAUCAGACGAAGAGAAAGUGAGCACAAUUAUAAAACCUUAUGGAAAGAGAUUCUUGGCUGUGCCACCCUUUUUGAGAACUCAAAUAGGAAAAAUAAAGGAUCAGUAAAGUUUCA